CGCUGAUAUCUAAACAGAUGGGUGACCGGAAAAUAUGUUGGAUAUGUUGAACUGUUGAUAUUUGAGCAUUCGAAAUAUUUUGAUUGGCGAGUGACGGGAAAGGUUGAUUGUUUUUUUACAAUAAUAAUAGCUCCAAUAAGAGGAUGGCAGUCUCAGUGAUAGGAAGAAGACUUCGUGCUACAGUGCCGGUGAUCGGGAAAACAAAUUUACCGAUCCUUACAGUCGCCCGGUUACUGUCAACGUCAAGAAUAUGUCGGAACAACGAAGGAUUUCUCAGCAAAUUGGGAGUCAGAACUAUGGAGCAAACGAAACAACCACACUCUCGAAUGUUAUCAGACAAAAAGGCUAUUUAUGCUCUUUACACACACAACAUACGACCUGAUUCCAUCGACAAAUAUUUUGCCAAUUAUCAAGAACACGUUAAUCUGAUUCAUUCCAAAAAAAAUGAGCUACAAUGUGAAUUAGUUGGUUCCUGGACUGUUGAAGUUGGAGAUCUAGAUCAAGCUCUUCAUCUUUGGCAGUACAAUGGAAGUUUUGAACGAGUAGAUAAAGCUCAAUUGGUUUUAUCCAAAGACGAGUCUUAUCAACGAUUACUCAGGGAACGUGGCAAUUUUUUGCGAUCUCGGCAUUUGCAAUAUGUAUAUCCAUUCAGCUAUUGGCCUGAAGCAGUUAAAAGAGAGGGUCCAAAUAUAUAUGAAAUACGUAGCUAUAGAUUGAAACCAGGGACAAUGAUUGAAUGGGCUAAUAAUUGGGCAAGAGGCAUAACAUAUAGAAGAAAUAAUGAUGAACCUUUUGCUGGUUUCUUUUCACAAAUAGGACGGCUUUAUAACGUUCACCAUAUUUGGUGUUACAAGGACCUUCAGUCAAGAACAGAAACUCGAGAAAGUGCUUGGCGUUCACCGGGAUGGGAUGAAUGUGUAUCUUAUACUGUUCCACUGAUACGAGAGAUGCACAGUCGUAUUCUCAAACCUACGUCUUUUUCACCCACUCAAUAAAUUCAAUGGGUUAUUUUUUAAUGACAAACAGUCAUCCAGCAAGUAACAUUCUUUAUUAAUUUUCAUGUGAAUAUUAUUACGAAUCACUUUUAUUUUUUUUAAUAAUCAUUUUUUCUGUCAAUUAAAUUUUUAUGUCUAAAUGUACUCAUACGUAGGAUUGUGAUUGUGAUCACUGAUUUAUCUUAUAGAAAUAUUGAAGGAAAAGGAAUAUUAUAUUAAAUAAUACAAUUGACUGUAUAUUGUUUCGGAUAUAAAUGCAAUGAAAUGAUAUUUAAAACAAUAUUUCUCAAUA